AUGGCGGACUCUACUGUUAACCACGCGAAUGUUAUCUUGCCCGAUGAAGAGGUCAUUCGAUCAGACCGCGAUCACCAUACUAAUGAAUAUGACCGAGACUCCUCGAUCGAAUCUGUGCGUUACUCUUUCGAUUCAUCUCAUGGCUGGGCUGACCUGAUCGUGAACAUAGAUCAAUGCAUCAACAUCCGAGAGCCUAAGAAGCUCUAUAUUGGACUAUCGCAAAGAAAAUGGUCGAACCUAUCAUCGAUACAAGGAUGGCAACUUGGAUUGGCCCCUCCAAACAAUCCCGGUGCUGAGGUGAAGCGCGUUCUCGAUAUAGGAACAGGUACUGGAAUUGGGGCGAUUGAUUAUGCAGACGAGCAUCUCGAUUCAAAAGUCAUUGGCGUUGACUUAUCCCCGAUUCAACCUGAUUUUGUUCCGCCAAAUGUGGAGUUCUUUAUCGACGAUAUCGAAGAACCGUGGACGUUCUCUGAGCAGUUCGACUACAUCCAUAGUCGUAUGAUGACAUUCAGUAUUAAAAGUUGGCCUGAGCUCGCCAGCAACAUCUAUAACAACCUUGUCCCCGGCGGGUACGUAGAACUCCUCGAGAUCGAUCUCUUCGCCAAGUCGGACGACAAUACUCUGAACGAAUACCACAAUCUAUCUAAGCUCAUUCACCUUCUUGAUGAGGCCUCUACCAAGAUUGGCCGUCCAUUCCAAGACAACAAGAAGAACAAGGACAUCCUGCGUGAUGCAGGGUUCGUGGAUGUUGUUGAGACAGUCUUUAAAUGGCCCAGCAACGCUUGGCCAAAAGACGUGAAGCACAAAGAGAUUGGCCAGUGGCACAAUAUGAACAUGGAUCACUUCAAAGGACUUGAAGCUCUUUCCAUCGCUGUUUUGACUAGGGUGCUUGGUUGGAGCCAAGAAGAGGUCACAGUCUUCCUCGCCAAGGUUAGGAAGGAUAUCAACAACAAAGCGAUCCACGCUUAUUGGCCAGUCUACUCGACAUAUGGCAGGAAGCCUCUGAAGUGA